AUGGUGCAAGGGCCUGUGGGGGACAUGUCCACAGUCUUAAGCACAACCAGGCUGUCUAAGCAGGAGGAAGCCAAGAAGGAGAUGCCUUCGGUCCUCUGCCCAUCACCUGCCAGAGAACCAGGAUACUUGGUGGCAGCUGGCUUACCUUUCUCCAAACAGCCAUCUGUUGUGACAUCACUGUCAGCUGAGCCUGACUCGUCACUUGUAUCAACCAGCUUCCAGAGUGUGCCGUGUGCCCAGGGUCCUCAACCUCCUUGUCCCUAUGGCCCUGGAUGUGCUCUCUCUGCCUUGCAGCAUGGCUUCUGUGUAGCCACCAAGCAGAGAAUCGUGUGUGAUUUCUGA